GAGUGCGUGCCUUCCCAUUAUCCCAGAUCUUUCCAUAUUCAUAGUCCUUCCUUCUCUCGCUUCUCUCUCCCUUUCCCCUUCCUCCUUUCUUCCCUCUCUCCGGGGAACUGGUUCAACCAGAGUACAACCUGGUCAUCUACCUCUGGCGCUGGAGCAGCUGCAGGAGCUGGGACGGGCCGAGCAGCGGAGCUGAGGCUAGGGAGGUCAGGCUGGCGCACUGCAGGGCGCCGAGGACAAGCAGUCGGCCCAGCCGCCUCCUGGAGGCCCAUGCGGGGCCGGUACAGCCCGCUGUCCGUUCAUGAGGCCGCCGUGGUGCGGGAGGAGGACCCGCGGCAUCCCGCUGGGGCUGCUCGCGCUCUGGGUGGCCACCGCCCGCUGUCUGCAGAGUCAUGGGGUGUCACUGUACAUCCCCCGGUCAGCCAUCAAUGCCACGGUCCAGGAAGACAUCCUGCUGUCAGUGGAGUACUCCUGCCAUGGAGUGCCCACGAUCGAGUGGAAGUACACAUCAAACUGGGGUGAGCAGAAGAUCGUGGAGUGGAAGCCAGGGACCCCAGCCAAUGUCUCCCAAAGCCACUCAGACAGAGUCUGCACCUUCGACAAUGGUUCCAUCCAACUUUUUGGUGUGGGCGUGAGGGACUCUGGCUACUAUAUCAUCACUGUCACGGAGCACCUGGGGAGCAGACAGUUUGGCACGAUCAUGCUGCAUGUGUCUGAGAUCCGCUAUGAAGACCUCCACUUUGUCGCUGUCUUCUUUGCUCUGCUGGCCGCUGUGGCUGUGGUGCUGAUCAGCUUCAUGUGGGUCUGCAACCAGUGUGCGCAUAAAUUCCAAAGGAAGAGGAGACACAAGCUCAGAGAAAGCACCACUGAGGAGCUCGAAAUGAAAGAUGUUGAGUGUUAGCCAAGACUGUGCCCAAUUACACUGCUACCUCAAGAGAAAAACAGUAUUUUGCACUUGGAGGAACAGACUGAGGCAAUCCUCGCUGCAGCCUCUCGUCAACUUUCCUGACGGGACAGCUGCAAGAUCGGAAAGCUGCUGGGGGGGGGGAGCCUGAGGCGGCAGCUCACCAUGGGAAGCCCGCUCUAGGACUUGAUCAACUGAGGCUUUCAGCCGGGAACUUUUCUUGAUUGCAGCUUCAGGGCUGUGCUGAUCCUUAACCAAUGACACCGGCAGGCACCAGAAGCUGCUUACAGUACUGGCUCUCAUCCCACGCCGGCCUGAUGAAGGAGUCCCUGUCUCCAGGGCCAGAGUGUCUGCAGAGAGGCACGUGCAGCCAGCGUUGGGACAUGCUCUCUGUGUCUGCCUACUAACUGCUGCAGCCUCCGUCUCCCUGUCUUCCGUUGCAUACACACGACUGUGCAGACAGUGUGAGCAAGCCUGAGGCUCUGAGUCGGUCUCAUGAGAUCGAGUGCUGCACCUCAGGGAGCCGCUGCACCUCAGGGAGCCCAACUGAGUACACCGGGGAAGCAGAAGAUGGCGUUCCCAUCCCCCCCACACAAAAUUAAUCAGGUGGCCUAACCUUGAGUUUAGUGUGAGGAACACGCGACUUGUGUUGACCAAGGCAGCUGGAUGGGCGGCGGUACAACAGAAAACAACUGUAAGGUCAGGCUUCGUUCAGUUUCAUCCUAUCCGGUCAUCAACACUCGGCCUCCAGUCAGAUCCGGGGCUGAAGAUGUGGUCUCACCUACCUCACAGCGCAAGAGGAGAAGCCAGCAUUAGGCUAGAUGUCUCGGAGCGGUUAAGAAAAGUGUGAGAAUCCCUGAAGCUUCUGAAAAGCUCUGUGGGAAAGUGCUGUAUUGAGUAGCAGCGGUCUAAGAUGCCCUGGGAUGGAGCCAGAGAGAAGGUUCAGCACUAAGCGCCCUUGCUGAUCUUGCAGAGGACCCAGAUUCAGUUCCGAGUGCACACGCGGUGGCUCAUAACCUUCUGUAACUCCAGUUCCAGGGGAUCUGAUGCUCUCUUCUGGUCUCCAUGCAUGCACAUGGUGUACACAUAUACAUAAAUAAAAUUUAGAAAAUAAAUUAAAUUUUUUAUCACUGAUCUGGGUUAUCAGGGCUCCAGCUGAGCUGUGGGUUGGUUGGUUGGCCUCGGGUCUCUUCCCAGCCUCCAUUCACCAGGCUAUAGCAGCAGGCAACGCCCCCUUCUGAGCCUCCAUUCACCAGGCUAUAGUAGCAGGUAACGCCCCCUUCUGAGCCUCCAUUCACCAGACUACAGCAGCAGGCAGCGCCCCCUUCUGAGCUUCCAUUCACCAGGCUAUAGCAGCAGGCAAGGCUCCCUUCUCGCUUCAGUAGCCACAGCAGCAGAUUAAAGCUCCCGCUCCGCGAUGAUAUGCAGGCCCUUGGCCGCAGUCAUGCAUACAAAGAUAAAGUGUACUAUAACUUUCCUUUUAUUCUCCCUCCUUUCGAGUCCCCAAUGCCCACAUCUGUUCAACUUCCCAUGUGGUGGGUAAGGAAUUGUUGCUAAAAGUUCUUUCCUUGGGGAGAUAUAAACAUUGACUUCCUCUCCUCUUCAAGUCCCAACAGCCAAGGUAGAGGGUCACCAAAGUUCACCCAGGAACCAAUGAACGUGUUUGGUGUCUUACAGAGCAGGGGGUGAGGGGAUAUGGGCAGAGGCGGCUUUAGAACAUCAGUCUGCACGGGGGCAAUGAUGACUUCCCAUGAUUGCUUCCCUACCUGUAUGCUCUUGCCUCUUCCCACAGAACUGCAUACAACUGAUUGGGAGGGGUGGUUUGAUACUCAAGAGAGGGUUCCAAGAUACUUCCUGCCCCCUCCUCUGAGGGAAAUCUCCUAAAGAUGGAGGAUAGUCCUGUACAAUGGGAGUUACCCGCGAAGCCAUUGAGAUACCUCUCCUCAGAGCUAGAGGACUGGGCUGUGGAGGGGGCUCAGGCAGCGGCCGUGGGAGCAGUCGGUGUGCACCUGACUCAGAGGCACUCACCCCUGCCACUUCCUGUACACAUGUCCAGACACCCACACCUGUGCCCCGUUUCCUAGCAGCAGGCUGAGGAAGCAGGCACUGAACCAGGGCAGUUUCCACGCGGUCCACUGGGGAACAGAAGACCCGAGGAAACGUGCCUCUCAGAAGUCCGCGGUUCUCCGCAGUGGGAGCUUGUGGUGUCCGACACCCCUGGCUGGGAGUCGGGGCUUAAGCCUUAUGACCAGAGAGAGAUGGAAGUGGAUCCCAAGAAGCCGUCCAUGUGCAAAGUAUCUGCAAAUCACAUGGUCCUGGGAGAAUCUCAUGGAGCCAUUUUCCGGCUGCCCUCUUUGGAAAGGGGCUUUCCUGCGCACACUCAAAGUCACUCCCUCUUUAAAUUCUAGGGUCUCAAGUUUUGUCUUCUUUUGUUUUUUUCUAAAAAAAAAAUUAAAUUAUAGAGAAUGACCAAUGUAAUGUUAAAUAAUAAGUUGUUUCAGAGACUGUGGAAAAUUGUUUU